CGCUCAGUUGCUACUACAGUGGCGUUUGUUUCCACAUUUCGCCUCAUCUUUGCCGGAUCCAGCAGCAUCUCCUCAAGGGUUCUUCGUCACAGUUGAACUCGAGAAGCAAAGCUAUUGUGAUCUUAAAGUUGCCAAUAAAACAGAGCAUUAUGUUGCUUUCAAGGUGAAAACAACAUCUCCAAAGAAGUAUUUUGUAAGACCCAACACUGGUGUCAUACAGCCAUGGGACUCCUGCAUCAUUAGAGGUGACAGUGAUUCUUUAUAACUCUAUCAGUUAUUGGUAGUAUCCUCCAGAUAUGCAGUGCAAAGACAAGUUUCUCCUUCAGAGUACCAUUGUACCUCCACACACUGAUGUGGAUGAACUUCCACAGGACACAUUUACCAAGGACAGCGGGAAAACAUUAACAGAGUGUAAGCUCAAGGUCUCGUAUAUUACUCCGUCUACAACUCAAAGAUCCUCUGAAUCUGGAGCAACCAAUGGCGACGGAAAUGGCUCUGAAACCAUCACUGUCUGUUUAUGCGCUUACCGGCGGCGUUGCACCUCUUUUGCCUUCAAUUGAUGUUACCACAGCUAAAGCGCCGUCCUCCGGCAGAUGAGAAGCGCCCUUCUUUCAGGUCGUUUGGCAAUGGCUUCCCUUCACAAAGAUGAUUUACAGCUUUACCAUUGGGUUAGAGUGGUUAAUGGUGUUCCACCAACAGGUGAUUAUUCGUUUGCCAAAUACAACGGGUCAGUUGAUAUCUCUCUCCAUCAUCUAGUUCUCAACUUCCCUGCAACUGCUACUAUGGCAGAUUAUGCAAUCUAUCCUUGCGUGUUAUCUGAAGAGAACAUCUCUCUAAAAGCUUAGACAUCAGGAGAAGAUAGAUGCUGAGGUUCUUGCUGAGGCUAAAAGAAUCACAGAGAUGCGUUUAGCUGCACGUCGUGCGGAAGGAGACUGAUGUGUCCGCGAAUGAGAAUAUUGGUAGCUGAUGGGGUAGUUCCAGGGCGUAGUGUAUCUUCAUCAUCUAGUUUCUCAACUCCCUGCAAACUGCUGUGGAUCCAUCAACUGCUACUAUGGCAGAUUAUGCCUCUACCCUUGCUUCUUUGCGCAUGCUUCAUGUAUACUUGAGAGCCUAUGGACUUGAGCAAAUGGUCCAAGCUGCAAGCUCUGCUGUUGGUCUUCGAACGAUUCAAGCAAGACCUCGGGGCUUGUUUGAAGUUCCUGUCUAUGCCUGAAGGUACAUGGUACUGCUCGAGCUCUCUAAAGCUCCAGCAAGCGAAAUUGGUGUCUGUGCCUUCUGCAGGUUGGUCGCAUUCCCCUAGUCAACUUUCUCGGCUGUGAAAAAUGUGAAUACAUGUGCAAAACCACUGCGAUAGGCACUUUUGAUUACUCUUCAGGACCUGAUAAACUCUGAUCAUACAAUACCUAUGUUUGACAUCGGAAUAUUUGAUGAUAGGACUGUUAUUCUCUGUGAGCAGGUUCCUCUAAUCUCUCUUGUGAUUAUAUAUCUCAGAGCACCAUUUGACCAACAUGCCUUUCAGGUUAGUGAUUAGUUUAAACUCUUCGUCUCAUCACUUGC